UCAUUAUGUUGACAUUCAUAAUUAUAGUAACAAUCGCGCAGUAUAUCUUUAGUAGUUGUUAAAAAAGGACAUUUUAGAUUCAAAUUUGUAUUUACGUAAAAAAUACAAAAUGGUGUCGGGAGUAUGGUUUCAGACUUUCACAGCAAUUGCAGCUUCUUUUGGUUCUGCAUCGAUGGGCUUACUUAACGUCUGGCCAUCGUACACGCAGUAUCUUUACACUGCUAACGACACAGUAUAUCUGGCAAAACCCAUGACAGAUUCGGAGGUAGCAUUAUUGGGUAGCCUUCCAUCUUUGGGAGGAAUGAUAGGAACUGCAGUAACAGGUGUAUUAAUUGACAAAUUUGGUAGAAGAUUAGGGGGUCUUUCAAUUACGAUUCCUUUUGUGCUGUCUUGGGCUAUAAUUUAUGUAUCGUCUUCAUCUCUCCUAAUUCUUGCGGCAAGAUUACUAGGAGGCAUAGCAGGUGGAGCAUAUUUGAUUUAUGGACCUGUAUUUAUAUCGGAAGUAGCUGAUGACUCUAUUAGAGGAUUACUAGCAACAUUUCCAAAUCUGUUUUAUGGAAUAGGAGUAUUCUUCUCCUAUCUUCUGGGAUGGUAUUCCACUUACUCAGUGACGAUUUGGAUUAAUUUACUGGUCGCUGUAAUCUGCUGCCUUCUAGUUAUGUCUGUGAAAGAGAGUCCCAUAUUUUUACUAAGACAAAACAGAGAAGAGGACACGACAAAUGCGAUAGCCCAUUACAAAGGUUCAUCCCCCUCAUCCACGGUUGUGUUGAAAGAGUUAUCUAAAUUGAAAUUACGCUUAACGCCAAUUGUUGAGUUGAUAUCUAUUAAUGAAGAUUCUUUAUCAAAGACCGAGGAAGCAGAGAAGGAGAAGUUAAACUCUGAUAGCGUCAUACCUGAAAUACAACAAAAACAAUCGUCUUGGAGAUCAUUAUUUGCAUCGCCGUCAUCACGCCGAGCUUUUUUUACUUUGUUGACUAUAAUAACAUUACAGGUCUUCAUGGGUCUAGUACCAGUACAAGUGUUCGCCAAGAAGGUGUUCAACGAAGCAGAUCCAAGCAAAGCGGAUCUUUUUUCAGUUAUAUUUGCUUUAAUGUUGAUAUUCGGAUGUUUUGUUACUGCAUUCAUAUCUGAUAAAGCUGGACGAAGGGUUCUGGUGAUCAACUCAUCGGGCUUGGUAGCGAUAUCCAUGGUCAUGCUCGGCGUGCAGACGCAGAAGAGUCUGGGUGCUCCGUGGGUGACGGUGGUCAUUAUACUAUUGUACUGUUUCUUCUUCAUGUGUGGAGCUGGCACGGUCCCUUAUGUAUUGAUGUCAGAAAUAUUUACUCCCGAGGUACAAAAUAUUGCCUCGCUAUUAAUAGGAGAAUGGGUUUGGUUCUUAAAUUUUGCUAUUAUAGCGAUCUUUCCAUAUAUCACAAGUUGUUUAGGAAUGCACGGGGCGUUUUAUAUAUUUGCCGGCUUUGCCCUGAUUAAUGCUGUUGUUAGCUAUAUAAUAGUUCCAGAAACCAAAGGUUUAUCGAAUGUCGAUAUACAAGAAGCAUUUAGUAGAAGGAAAUAGAUUAAAAAGUGUCUUGGAGUACAAAUAUCUCCAAUCAUAAUGAAAUCAUUAGCUGGUUGCUAAUUUGAUGGAUUGUUCUCAAUAGACUAAUGUAAAAUAUUAUAAUUGCUAUGACAAAAAUAUAAUAAUGAAUAGGAAUAAAAAUAAUUAUUUUUAAAUAUC